AUGGAUAAAAGUUGGUUAAAUAUUAGGAAUAGAGUUGACCAAAGAUAUAGAGAUGGAGUUGAAGGUUUUCUUAAUUGGGCAUUCAGUCAAACUGGAGUGAAUACCAUGAUUCGCUGUCCUUGUAGAGGAUGUAUGAACACCGUGUUCAAGCUAAGAAUUGAUGUAAGAGGUGACUUAUUGAAAAAGGGCUUCUGGGAUUCUUAUAAAGUGUGGGACUUGCAUGGAGAAGUAUUAGUUAGAGUUGAAAACUCUAAUGCCGCAUGUAGUGCUAAAGUAGAAGCUGAUGACAUUGAAGAGGAUGACAUUAUUGAAAUGAUUCAUGACGCUUGUGGAUAUAUGGGGAGUAAUAUUAAUUCGUCUGAGGAAAAUGAAGAACCAAAUAUGCAUGCAGCAAAGUUCUACAAAUUGUUGGAAGACGCUCAGAUAGAACUUUAUCCUGGUUGCACAAAAGUCUCAAAGUUAUCUUUUGUUAUUAAAUUACUUCACUUGAAGUGCCUCAACCAUUGGAGCAACAAAUCGAUGGAUGAGUUAUUAAGCUUCUUUAAAGAAGUUCUUCUCGAGGGGUCAUUAUUACCUAGUUCUUUUUAUGAAGCUAAGAAAAUUCUUUGUGACCUAGGCUUGGGGUAUACAAAAAUAGAUGCAUGUCAGAAUGAUUGUAUUUUAUAUUGGCGUGAUUACGUCAAUGCCCAAUCAUGUCCAAAGUGUGGAAUGUCUAGAUGGAAAUCACUAGAAAACAAAGGCAAGAAAGUAGCUCAUAAAGUAUUGCGCUAUUUUCCAAUCAAACCAAGGCUUCAAAGAUUAUACAUGGCAAAAGAGACAUCAAAGAAGAUGAGGUGGCAUAAGGAGGAAAAUAUUGAUGACGGUGUCUUGCGUCAUCCAUCUGACUCAAUAGAAUGGAAAUCAUUUGAUGAGCGUUAUCCUUCUUUUUCAUCUGAGUUAAGAAAUGUUCGAUUAGGUUUAGCAAGUGAUGGGUUCCAACCUUUUGGAAAUAUGAGUUCAAAUCAUAGUUUUUGGCCUGUCGUUUUAGUUACAUAUAAUUUGCCACCAUGGGAUUGCAUGAAAUAUUUCAUGAUGCCACUUCUUAUUCCAGGUCCUAAAUCUCCAGGCAAUGAUAUUGAUGUAUACUUACAACCCAUGAUUGAAGAGUUGAAAGAAUUAUGGGAUGGGGUGGAGACUUAUGAUGCACACACAAAAUCUAAUUUUCUUAUGCGCGUGGCUCUCAUGUGGACGAUUAAUGACUUUCCCGCGUAUGGAAACCUUUCAGGAUGGUCAACCAAAGGCAAGCUUGCAUGCCCUUGUUGCUAUAAAGACACACAAUCGAUUUCCUUGCGCAAUAAGUUGUGCUAUAUGGGUCAUCGUCGCUUCCUUCCUAUGAACCAUCCAUGGCGUAAAAAUAGGGUGUUAUUUGAUGGGAAAGUUGAAAUGGGGGUUGCACCUAGCCCUUUAACAGGUGAUGAAGCACUUAUGCAGAUACAAGAGUUAGGCAAUCUGAGUUUUGGUAAAGGGAAAAAGCGAAAGCAUAAUGUUUCUAACAAUGCUUAUAAUUGGAGGAAGAAAAGUAUCUUUUUUCAAUUGCCUUAUUGGAAGAGUCUUAAGUUAAGACAUAACCUUGAUGUGAUGCACAUAGAAAGAAAUGUCUCCGACAAUAUUUUAUCGACCAUGAUGAGUAUAGUUGGAAAGACAAAGGACACAUUGAAAAGUCGAUAUGAUUUGGUGGACCUUGGAAUUAGGCAAGGAUUGCAUCCAAUUGAGGAUGGGGAUACUAUUUUAUUGCCAACUGCUUGCUAUGCAUUGUCUUCUCAAGAGAAGUUGAAGUUAUGUGAAUUCUUGGCUAAUUUAAAGGUUCCAGAUGCCUUUUCGUCAAAUAUUUCAAGGUGUGUGAACGUACUUGAGAAAAAGAUACAUGGAUUGAAGUGUCAUGAUCAUCAUGUAUUAUUGCGAGACAUUUUACCAAUAGCUAUACGUGGUUUGUUGCCUAAGGAAGUGUGUGAACCAAUUAUAGCCUUAGCCAAAUUUUUCAAGAAUUUAUGCUCUAAGUGUCUGACCAUUGAAGAUCUUGAUAUCCUAGAGGCUGAAAUUCCUAUCAUAUUGUGCAAACUUCAAAUGGUUUUCCCCCCGGCAUUUUUUGAUGUCAUGAUUCAUUUGCCAAUACACUUGGCAAGUGAGGCAAAACUUGGUGGACCAGUUCAAUAUCGAGAUAUGUACCCUAUUGAGAGGGAAUACAUGAGAGAAAUGGAAAUUCAAGGUGCAACGAGACCUCAAGGGAUACAUAAUAACAAAUGUAUUGAGUGGUUUCGUGCACGUAUAUUUGUACUAGCUGCACAAGGACGUGCAACUGAUGAGCUCAUAAGCUUAGUUGUCGGUCCUGAACCAUUGGUGCAUCGAUAUUCGAUAUUUAUGGUCAAUGGAUUUAGGUUUCAAACAAAAGAGCUUGUGAGAAAAACGCAGAACAGUGGAGUUCUUGUGAGAGCAGAUGAUGCAGACUCUAAUAAGGAGUAUUAUGGUGUAUUGGAGGACAUUUAUGAGUUGCGUUAUGUGGGAAAUCGAAAAGUUUAUCUAUUCAAAUGUCAUUGGUGGGAUGUGGCUCGCCUAGGAAGAGGAUAUAAGAUUGACCACUAUGGUUUUACAAGUGUAAAUACUCAUUGUGCUUUGAAUACAAAUGAGCCAUUUGUGUUGGCAUCUCAGUCUGAACAAGUCUUCUACUUGAAUGACAUGAUUGAUAAAGAUUGGCUUGUUGUUGUAAAGACAAAUCCUCGGGACCUUUUUAAUAUGCCUGAUGUUGAAGAAGAAGAAUUAAUAAAUGACGAAGUUUAUCAACAAGAGGAAGUCGAAUGUAAUAUUUUGAAUACCAAUGAUCAUGAAACUAAUAUUGAGGUGUCUUUACAUAGAGAUGAUAUUGAACCAAAAACUGUUUUGCGUACUAAUGAUCAAGAAAAUGAGGAAGAUGAUUUUAUUAAUGACUAUCAUACAGAUGUAUCCGAGGAUGAAGAAAGUGAAGAAGAGUCACUUGUUGAUAAUGAUGGAGAGGACAGUGAUACAUCCUUCUGA